AGCAAAGAAGCUGGAAUUCGUACAUUAGUGGCCUUGGACGACCAGGGAGAGCAAUUGGACAGGAUUGAAGAAGGAAUGGAUCAAAUAAACGCUGAUAUGAGAGAAGCUGAAAAAAAUUUGAGUGGAAUGGAAAAAUGCUGCGGAAUUUGUGUUCUUCCCUGCAAUAAGAGCCAAUCAUUUAAAGAAGAUGAUGGAACAUGGAAAGGCAAUGACGAUGGAAAGGUUGUAAACAAUCAACCUCAAAGAGUUAUGGACGAUAGAAAUGGCAUGAUGGCCCAAGCGGGAUAUAUAGGAAGAAUAACAAAUGACGCUCGCGAAGAUGAGAUGGAAGAAAAUGUAGGUCAAGUGAACACCAUGAUCGGAAAUUUGCGGAAUAUGGCAUUAGAUAUGGGUUCCGAGCUCGAAAACCAAAACAGACAAAUCGAUCGAAUAAAUCGAAAGGGGGAGUCGAACGAAGCGCGAAUAGCAGUGGCAAAUCAGCGAGCUCAUCAAUUACUAAAAUAAAUAGUUUCGCUAAAUUAUUUUUAUAUAUUUUGACAUGUAAUGAGUUUGUACUUGUUAUGUGUAUAUAUGUGUGGAUGCUUAGUGAGUAAAUAAUAAGCAAGAAAUUAAAGUUUAUCCAUCCUUUUACAAAUGAAGCUAUUUGUCUCCAGACAUAAGUUACUAUAUGAGCUACUCUAAUUAUAUAAAAUUUUGCGCAUCAGGAUGUUAAAUAUAMAAAUAUUAUAAUAAGUUUAUCGUGUGAUGUUUACGCUAAUAAUUAUUAAAUAAAUAUAACUGUAAAAGUU